CUGCCUCUGCCUCCCAAGUGCUGGGAUCAAAAGCGUGCUGCAUCACACCAGUGACUCAGUGUCUUUUAUGCUUGGAUUAGAAAAGGUGUUAUAAUCAAGGUGAUCCUGUAAGUCAUGUUUUUAAAAAACUUAUUUUUAAAUUAUGUGCGUAUGUAUGUGGGGGAUACCCGUAUGCACUUGCAUGCAGGUGCCCUCAGGGAGUCUUGAAGAAGACAGCAGACCCUCCUAGUACUGGGGUUACAGGUGGCUGUGAGCUGCCCGACCUGGGUGGUAGGAAUAGAACUCGCGUUCUUUGAAAGAGCAGUACGUGUUCUUAACCCCUGAGCCAUCUCUCUAGCCCCCAUGCUUUAUGUAGUGCAUCUUAGUAAUAUUUAGAGUUCUUUAUAAUCCAAAAUACAUCAUUUUUUAGGUUUGAGUGGCAAACACUCUAAAAGUUAUAUAGCAAAAUUUGAGUGCCAUUCCUUCCUUCUCUCUGAUUUUCGGAGACUGCCUCCAGCAGUUAUGUCACACCCGACUGUAUUCCAUUGCCAUGCAUAGAAACCUUUCUUCUCUAACAUCUUGGAAAAGCAAUCUGUGACUCCUGACUUUUUCCAGAAGGGGUUGACAGUCUCCCACUGUUGAGCGCCUUUGGUUGAGGGGAGAAGGCACUCGUUGAGGAGAGUGUUAAAACUGGGCUAGGCCUGGGGAGCAAAACACAGCUAAAUCCCUAAUAGCCCUGCAGGAGCAGGCUGCUCGCUGUAGCUUUCUCAUAUGCGCCUCCCGUGCAUGUACCGUCUACACGCUUCUGAGUAGUUCCUUAGCGCUGCAGCCUCCUCCGUGCUGUGUUUGCUGCGCACGUAAGUGUAGACACUUCCGCCUUGUGAAACCAACACCGGAGCAGUGCCCUCGUUGCCUGGUCCUGGUCUCUGCUCCUAGGUGAGACUCUCUGAUAAAAUGGGUGAGUCUUCAGACUGUGGACAUACUAGCUUGUGUAAACGAGUAAAUAAACUUUGCUCCCACACAGCAGGCUAGCAUAUCCCUAGCUACGUCACACAGAUUCACAAUUCCUUUGGAGGAAACUGGUUUAAAUUAUGUUUUCGCUUUCUAAAAUAUAACUAUAAAGAUUGGGUUUUAAAUUUCACCCUGAAUAGUGAUGCUGCCAUCGUGUUUGCUUUGGAGGUUUCCGUAUUCACUGGGCCAAGCUGUUUAUCUAACAUCUGAUGUGCUCCCUGAAGCACUGCCACAAACCCACGGGGCUUCUGUGUUCCAGGCUGAGACACCCGGGAGUGGCCUUAGCCUCUAAUGUGCACUCGAAGAUGAUGUAAUAUUCCAGAUAAACUCGAAUUUAUUACCCUGUUUUAAUAGAGCUAUUUUUAAGAAAUUAUAAAUGCUUAAGAUAGAAAAGUGGAAUUGGCUAAUUUGUGUGCUCAAACUCUCUCUGAAAACAAAAGACUGCCCCUCUGCUGUACUUAACUGCAGCUUCAUUGGAGCAUGCAGGCAACUUCUGAAAGGAUUGCAAAGUUUAAAAACCCCUUUGUAGCUGUCUUUGUUGCUCCCAACCUCUCUCUGCUGCAUUUCUGCUUUUCUCUUUCCUGGCUGCUAAUUGGAUUGCAGGCUGUGUUGCUAACCAUGGCAUCUGGAGAUGACAGUCCUAUCUUUGAAGAUGAUGAAAGCCCUCCUUAUAGCCUGGAAAAAAUGACAGACCUUGUAGCUGUUUGGGACGUUGCAUUAAGUGAUGGAAUCCACAAGAUUGAAUUUGAGCAUGGGACCACAUCAGGCAAACGAGUUGUGUAUGUGGAUGGGAAGGAAGAAAUAAGAAAAGAAUGGAUGUUCAAAUUGGUGGGCAAAGAAACCUUCUGCGUUGGAGCUGCAAAAACCAAAGCCACCAUAAAUAUAGAUGCUGUCAGUGGUUUUGCUUAUGAGUACACUCUGGAGAUCGAUGGGAAAAGCCUUAAGAAGUACAUGGAGAACAGAUCAAAGACCACCAACACCUGGGUGCUGCACUUGGACGGCGAGGACUGCAGGGUGGUUCUGGAGAAAGAUACUAUGGAUGUGUGGUGCAAUGGUCAAAAAAUGGAGACAGCAGGCGAGUUUGUAGAUGAUGGGACCGAAACACACUUCAGUGUUGGGAACCACGACUGUUACAUAAAAGCCGUCAGCAGUGGGAAGAGAAGAGAAGGGAUCAUCCAUACACUCAUUGUGGACAACAGGGAGAUCCCAGAGGUCUCUCAGUGACUGCUUCUUAAUGAGUUCUGGGCUGAAGAGGUGACGUCAGGACUUGCUAAUGACUGUGGUAAUUAAAUGUGUUCAUGCUGUACAUAUCGGUAGAGUUAAUCUGCAAUGCUUUUAUUUUUAUCUUUUGUUACUUGAAACUGUAAUAUUCCAAUGGUCAAGAAAAAUGGAAUCAUAAAAAUUUAUUUUUUAACUAAUGUGUUUCUAAUUCAAAUGGAAAAUAAAAUAUGGACCAAAACCACUAACAUCUCACCACAGUAACCUUGACUACAGUCAACACUAAAAUAAAAUGGUGCUGCUGGCUGUGUCCUACA